CGCCGUACCCGAAUUCCCAAAUCGCUAAAAAUACCUGCACGCAAAACGUCACAAAAACACGAAAAUGGAACUACGAUCUACUCCUAUUCAGUGCCCGUUGUGCCUUAACCCUCACUUUGAGGGUGUGGACGCCCUUAGAGCCACGCUUGUGGCUGUCGCGACAUCCCUGCUCAAGUGCCCCGUGUGUGUUGAGACUGUCGUCGGAUUGGAUAAGCUGACCAUACACUUGUUUGCACACGUGGCCAGCGAGGAACAAGGGAAUAAGAAAGAUGCAGUUGUCGAUGGUGUGCCAGUUCCCAAUGACAGCCAACAAAUCAUUGCCGAAGAGAUCGACAAGAGCAUUGAUAGAAUACAAAGCACAGAACUCACGUCAAUCCCCAGUUGUAAUACUGAAGACGACUUGCAACAGAAGCCUGAAGACUUGGAAGUUGUCAGAUGUGACAUUUGCAAUUUUUGUUUCACGGAUAAAAAUAUCCUGGAUAUGCACCAAAAGCUGCUGCAUCAGACUAGUCCAGAUAAAAAGGGCGUUUAUAGCUAUCACUGCCAUCUAUGUAGCAAGAAGUUUAAGAUGAGGGGUAGUUUAAUGGUUCAUCUCAGGGUCGCACACUAUGGUUUUUGGUCCAAUAACGCGGAAAGCACCGAAAGCAUUGCUGAGCCUGUAGAAUCAAAAAAGUCUGAAGACAAAAAUGGGACUAUAGAGGAAAGUAAAAAUGCUCAAACUACGACAAAAGUAUUAGAUAAUAAACAGUGGGAAUGUGAUGUUUGCUCAAAGAUGUUCACAACAAAGUAUUUUUUGAAAAAACACAAAAGAUUACAUACAGGUAACUUUGUCAUUGAACACAAUAAUCUAUUUUUAGGAAAUACUGUAUAAAGGAGAUUGAGCGUUUAGGUACCCCUAUCAAUAGAAAUAAAUACUUUACUGUUAGAGGGCUAUUUUCAAAUGAAAGCUGAGCAGUAUAAAUUCUUUGUCUAGAGUUAUUAUUGAAUUGUAACCUGAUAGAAAAGACUAGGCUUCUAACAUUGUGUAACUUCUCACAUAGUUAACGCAUGAUAUUAUCGUCUAAUUUCACCAUCUACGCAUUGGAUUAUCAGUAUUUUUAAGGUUUUGUUUUGCUAAUCUGGCUAUGAAAAGCAAAUCAAUACUAAACUUAGAAAGGAUGCAAUAUUCUCUUGAUAUUAUGUACAACAGUCCAUUUGAAAACAUAGUCAUAGUCAUAGAUAAGCUUUCUCCCUUGAGGAAUAAAAUGUGGUACAUACAGAGUCAAUCUACAUGACUCCUAUUGACGAGAUUCGUAUUUUCAGGUGAAAUGCCAUACACCUGUAACCUGUGCAACAAAUCUUUCACUUUCCAACAAUCAUACCACAAACACAUGCUGUAUCAUUCAUCGGAGAAACCAUACUCGUGCAACGAAUGUGGACGAUCAUUCAAAGAACUUUCGACGUUGCAAAACCAUGCUAGAAUACAUUCCGGGGAGAGGCCAUUCAGUUGUGAAACUUGCGGAAAGUGCUUCAGACAACGUGUCUCCUACUUAGUCCAUCGCAGAAUCCACACUGGCGACAUGCCUUACAAAUGUACGGCGUGCGAGAAACGAUUCAGAUACAAAGUGAGCCAGAGAUCGCAUAAAUGUACAGCGAGUCCACCGGGUUUGGUCGUACGAGUUUCGGAAGAGGCCAAAGAUGACCACAUUCAUAGGCGAUCGAUAACGUUGAAUAACAACGAACAGAUUGAGAUCAGUUUUAGCGAGGUGGAUCUGCAGUUGGCUAUGGAGGCUACCAAGCUUGAUCUACCGGAAAAAUCCGGAACUACAGACGGUGAAGGUGAUACAAGAUGUUCUAGUCAAAGCGGGAAUCUAGAAUCUACGAUAAAAUAUGAAGACUCAACACCUUUACUCACAGAAUCAGUUAGUUUAUGCGUUAAUGGGUUUACCAAUAACUGGAAGCAUUGAUGAGGGUGUUGCAUAGUAUAAUAAUAAAAUGAUGAGAAAAAUACCUAAUUAUUUGAUCAUGGUUAAAGGGAACAGUUUUAGUUGCUUAUUUUAUUCAUUGAACCAUGUAGAUGGUAGUAGUAAAAAACGGGACAGAGGGAGGUAGAAAGCAUUGUAUAGAUGACAUAACAGUACACUGUUAAAAGAUUGUCACUGAUGUAAAGCGAUAUGAGCAUUGUUUCAAAAGAAACUGGGGAAUAAGAAAAAUGUGUCAAAAUCCGUAGAACGUUUUAUUGGUGAAAUGUCAAACUACCAAAAUUUAAAAUAAUAUAAAAUUAUGAAAUGACAAUGUAGCUUAUACUGAGUUUUAAAAUGAAAACACCAUUAUAUGAAAAUAUGUACAUAUGCUAAAUUUGUCUGAAG